CUAUGUACUUAGGUUCCAAUUUUCCACAUAACGAAUUCCUGUGUAUCCGUAGCUCCUGUGUGUGACGUUCCCCAUAUAUCACUACUGACAGAGAAAAAGUUCAUAACUUACAUGCUCGGUAUCGGAAAAUAUGGACUCGGAAAAAGAGAAACAAAUCAAUGAAACGAAAAUUUACAGACGGAGGUGGUACAUUUUGAUUUUGUUUUCACUAUUUGCUUUUACUCAGGGGGCUUACUGGAACACGUGGGGACCUAUCGCGGAAUCCAGCGAGGACGCACUCGAUUGGGAGGAUAGCGACAUCGCGUUGUUUGAAAACUGGGGACCAAUAGGUUACCUUGUGGCCGGGUUUUUUGCAGCUUGGUUCGCCGACGUAAAAGGAUUACGCUUUUCCUGCCUACUUUCUAUGUUUCUACUAGCAGUCGGGACGGGGAUUCGAUGUAUUACAAUCGAACGCCCAUAUGUCACAUGGACUGUCAACAUAGGGCAGGCACUGAAUGGGUUUGCCGGUCCUAUUGCUAUGGGUGCCCCGCCUCUUGUUUCCACGGUUUGGUUUCCGGUACAUGAACGAACGACAGCUACCAGUAUUGGAUCUGGGUUUAAUCUGCUCGGAAUUGCCAUUUCCUUCAUUAUAGGGCCACGUAUUGUUAAAACUUCUCCCUCAACAUUUGAAGUAGAAAAUCAAAGUAACCAGACUGUGAACCUAAACGACACCUCAGCUGAAAACUCCAUCCAGGGGCGGAUCCAAAAAGAAAAGGAUGAGAUAAUGCUUUUAAUGUAUGUUGAAUGUGCGUGGGCGGUCCUGUUAUUCGUUGCCAUGGUAAUUUAUUUUCCGAACAAGCCACCACUGCCUCCAACAAAAACAGCGGCCAUUCCUCGAAUCGAGUUCAAAAACGGACUAAAGAAGAUCCUGAGACUUCGUGAGUUUUGGGUCAUAGCAGCCAUAUACAGUGUGUCAAUGGGAGUCUUCAAUAUUUGGCAAGGUGUUCUGGAUGUCUACUUAAAACCGCAUGGAUUCAGCCAGGACCGGGCGGCCUGGCUGGGGGCGUCUUCGAUCAUGGCUGGAUUUGUGUCUAGUGUUAUAAUCUGCAGAUUUGCGGAUAUAUUCAGUCGACAUCUUCGCUUUUUCCUGAUUUGUAUGUACUCGGUUGGGGGAGCGGCCUUCCUUUGGUUUGUUUUAUUGGUAGAAGACGCAGUGCCAGACUCCGAAGUAUCGCUGUACAUUUCCAUUAUUCUGGGCACCCUAUGUCUCCAGGCAUCCACCCCGCUGUACUUUGAGAUGGCGUGUGAGGUUUGUUACCCCGUGGCCGAGGGACUGACCAAUGUCCUCCUCACUAUUCUGGUCAAUCUGUCCAGCUUUAUCUUCCUUCUCCUACACAUGAUUCCAAACAUAGGUUCGGCGUGGGAGAAUUGGUGUUUGUUAGCAGUUAUCGCCCUUUGUAUUCCGUUCAUGUGUUUGUUUAAAGACAGUUACAACCGAUCUAAUAUCGACGAAGAAAACGAGAAACUUUGAUAUUGUCUUUUUUUAAAUCAAAAACUUUUAUUACAGUUUUUCG